GUGCUGCGUCCCUGUCGCAGGGACUGCUGGGCGGGGCGACGCGAGCGUGCGCCGAGCGAGAGCGGAUCGGCGCGAGAGCGGAGCGGUGGCUGGGAACAUGUGGCGACCGUCACAGCUUUGCCACUUCCACUCUGUCCUGCCGCAGAGCCGGCCGAAGCUCCUACCGUCCCCUACUGCCUUCCUCAGGAGAAGCCUCAGGGCCCCGCCUGCACCAUGGUCCUGGAGGCCGCAGCCCCUGUGGAAGAAGGUGCUCUCCGCCACGGCUGUGGGGGCGCCCCUGCUCCUUGGAGCCCGCUACCUCACAGCAGAGCCGCCAGAGAAGAGGAGGAUGCGGCUUGUGGCCGACGGCGUGGGGCGCUUCUGCAGGUCUCUGAGGGUCGGCCUGAAGAUCUCCCUGGACUACUGGUGGUGCUCGAAUGUCAUUCUGCGAGGGAUAGAAGAGAACAGCCCGAGGUACUUGGAGGUGAUGUCUGCGUGUCACCAGCGGGCAGCCGAUGCCUUGGUGGCCGGAGCCAUCAGCAACGGAGGCCUGUACGUGAAGCUGGGCCAGGGGCUGUGCUCCUUCAACCACCUGCUGCCCCCAGAGUACAUCAGGACACUGCGUGUGCUGGAGGACAGGGCCCUCACACGUGGCUUCCAGGAGGUGGACGAGCUGUUCCUCGAGGACUUUCAGGCCCCACCCCACAAGCUCUUUCAGGAAUUUGACUACCAGCCAAUCGCUGCUGCCAGCCUGGCCCAGGUGCACCGUGCCCGGUUGCAUGACGGCACCGCUGUGGCCGUCAAGGUACAGUACAUCGACCUGCGUGACCGCUUCGACGGGGACAUCCAUACCCUGGAGCUGCUGCUCAGGCUCGUGGAGUUCAUGCACCCCAGCUUCGGCUUCAGCUGGGUCCUGCAGGACCUGAAGGGGACCCUGGCCCAAGAGCUGGACUUUGAGAAUGAGGGCCGAAACGCCGAGCGCUGUGCGCGGGACCUGCAGCAUUUCCACUACGUCGUGGUCCCCCGUGUGCACUGGGACACAUCCAGCAAGCGUGUGCUGACGGCUGAAUUCUGUGAGGGGUGCAAGGUCAAUGACGUGGAGGCCAUCAAGUCCAUGGGGCUGGACAUGCAGGAUCAGAGAAGCUCAUCCAGGCUUUUGCUGAGCAGAUAUUCUACACAGGCUUCAUCCACUCCGACCCCCACCCUGGCAAUGGUAGGAGAAGACCCCGGGGGUGGGCGUGGGCGUGGACUGGCAGUGAGUCAGUGUGCUGUGUCCCCAGUUCUGGUGCGGAAAGGCCCGGAUGGGAAGGCACAGCUGGUGCUGCUGGACCAUGGGCUGUACCAGUUCCUGGAUGAGAAGGACCGGUCAGCCCUGUGCCAGCUGUGGCGGGCCAUCAUCCUGAGGGACGAUGCGGCGAUGAAGGCACACGCGGCUUCACUCGGGGUGCGAGACUACUUCCUGUUCUCCGAGGUGCUCAUGCAGAGGCCUGUGCGCCUGGGGCAGCUGUGGCGCUCGCACCUGAUGAGCCGCGAGGAGGCGGCCUACAUGCAGGCCAUGGCACGGGAGCACUUCGAGGACAUCAUGGCCGUGCUCAAGGCUCUGCCGCGGCCCAUGCUGCUCGUGCUGCGCAACGUCAACACUGUGCGUGCCAUCAACACGGCCCUGGGCGCACCCGUGGACCGCUACUUCCUCAUGGCCAAGAGUGCGGUCAGAGGCUGGAGCCGCCUGGCAGGCGAAGCACAGCCGAGUUUCUACGGCACCAGCCUCCUGUGCCAUGCCAGGGUGGUCUGGGAGAUGCUCAAGUUUGAAGUGGCCCUGAGGCUGGAGACCAUGUCCAUGCGGCUCACCGCCCUCCUGGUCCGAGUGCUGGCCCAUCUGGGCCUCAUGCCCAGCACCGAGGGGCUGUACGAGUAUCUGGAGACCUAGCGCCCUGGGGCAGGCAGAUGGCAGAGGUCGCCCAGGGCCGGCAGUGCUGGCCAGGACUGAAGGUGGAUGCCCAAGACCUGGGGCACCGGAACAAUUGCAACCUGGAGUUGGGGGAUGCCCAGGGGCUCUGACCAUGGCUGGGGCCAGGAGGCCCAAUGACCACACGCUCUUCUCAAAUCAAA